GUCAUACCCAAGCUAUUUGAGUAUGGAGUUGUACAGAAAUAAAUGUUCUAUUUUAAACCAGUACAGUAACAUUUAAUGUGCUAGAGUUUACUAGAAAAUUCAGUGAAAUUAAAUAUAUUGAGCUGAUGAAACGUAGUUGUAAUAUUGUACUGGCUUAAGAGUAAUUGUUUUGAUAUAAUAUUUUAAAAUGAUUGACCACAGUGAAGCUGAAAAUUUCAAAAAUAAAGGCAAUGAAGCUUUCAAAUCUGAGAACUUUGAAGAGGCAAUAUCUCUUUAUAGCAAAGCUAUUAAUUCAGCAGAGAAAGACGCACGUGAGUUAGCUACAUAUUUAAAAAAUCGGGCUGCCGCCUAUCUUAAAAUAAAGGAGUAUAAUAAAGCCGUAAAAGAUUGCGACGAAGCCCUAAAAAUUGUACCUGAAGAUCCGAAAGCCUUAUUCCGACGUUCGCAAGCAUUGGAAAAAUUAGAACGAUAUGAGGAGGCUUAUAGGGAUGCUAAAAGUAUAUUUACAGUGGAUCCAACAAAUAAAGCCGUCCAGCCUGUUUUGGCUCGUCUACAUGCGAUUGUUCAGGAACGAAUUAAGAAUGCCGAGCAAACGAGUUCUAAGGUCGAACAAAUGUUUAAACUUGCUUUUGAGAUAAGCGAAAAUAAAGACAAGCGUGAAAAAGCCAUGACAAACUUGCUUGUUUUAGCCAAACAAUCAACUGCUGCUGAUAUCAUGAUAAAGAAUGGCAUCAUUCACAAAAUACAACAGCUCGUUAAAAUAGAAAAGAACCUAGAUAUAUAUGUCAAUGCUAUACGAGUUAUAGGUCAAUUAUGCAAAAGAAAUGCUGAAAGAACUAAAGAAGUAUUAAAUAUUGUUGGAAUACCUUGGUUUCUGGAAAUAAUAGACAGUGAUUAUGAGGAGAGAGUGAGUGCUGCCCAGUAUUGUUUGCAAAUAAUAUUGAACGCAUUUUCCGGGAUGGAUAAUAAAAAGGAUACUAAACCAGAUUCAGCACUAUGUGAACAGUACAAAAGUGAAAUAGAUACUCUUCUAACAUGUCUUACAUAUUCUAUUACAAACAGAGUUAUAACAGGAAAAUCCAGAGAUGCUAUUAUCGAGCUGAUUAUGAAAAACUGCCACUACAGUACUUUAAAUUGGGCUGAACGAUUUGUGGAAAUUAGGGGACUCCAACGGUUACUUGAAGUUUGCAGUGAACUAGAAGAAUAUAAAUAUGAAUCGGCAAUGAAUAUCACAGAUUCGUCACGAACAAUUGCUGCUGCUUGUUUAGCGAGAAUAUAUGAGAACAUGUACUAUGACCAAGCGAGGGAAUUAUUUAAUAGCCAAAUCGAUGAUUUCAUCAAAGACAAGCUUUUGACUCCUGAUUUAGAGUCAAAAGUACGAGUGACAGUAGCUAUAACAUCGCUGCUGCGAGGACCAAUAGAUGUUGGUAAUUAUGUUAUUUCCAAAGAAGGUAUUAUGGAGAUGAUUUUAGUGAUGGCUCAGACUGAAGAUCCUUUGCAGCAAAAAGUCGCUUGUGAAUGUUUGAUUGCUGCCGCAUCUAAGAAGGACAAAGCAAGAACAAUAAUUAAUAAGGGUGUUGACAUUUUGAAAAGUUUGUAUGCAAGCAAAAAUGAUGCUGUCAGGGUAAGAGCAUUAGUGGGAUUAUGUAAAAUUGGUAGUUUUGGAGGUGAUGAUGCUUCUAUUCGUCCAUUUGCUGAUGGAUCAACAAAAAAACUAGCAGAAGCUUGUAGGAAAUUUCUAGUCAACCCUGCAAAAGAUAAGGAUAUGAGGAAAUGGGCUGCAGAAGGUCUUUCCUAUCUUACUCUAGACGCUGAUGUAAAGGAAAAGCUAGUGGACGACAAACCAGCUAUUCAAUCACUAAUUGAAUUAGCAAAAACUGGAGAUCAAUCCUGUUUGUAUGGAGUUGUAACAACACUAGUCAAUUUAUGUAAUGCUUAUGAAAAACAGGAAGUAAUGCCAGAAAUGGUAGAAUUGGCGAAAUUUGCAAAACAUCACAUACCAGAACAACAUGAAUUAGAUGAUCCUGAUUUUGUAAAUAAAAGAUUGACAAUUCUUUGUAAAGCAGGAGUAACAACUGGAUUAGUAGCUUUAUCCAAAACAGAAAGUCACAAUUCAAAGGAGUUAAUUGCCCGAGUUCUUAAUGCUAUCUGUAGCUUGCAAGAAUUGAGAGGUAUAGUUGUGCAACAAGGCGGAGCGAAAAUUUUGAUUCCGAUGGCACUAGAAGGUACUAAAAAUGGUAAAAAACAAGCUGCUCAAGCCUUAGCUAGAAUUGGUAUCACUAUCAAUCCAGAAGUUGCUUUUCCUGGUCAAAGAAACUUAGAAGUUGUAAGACCUCUAGUGGCUUUGUUACAUCCUGAGUGUACUGCACUAGAAAAUUUCGAAGCUCUCAUGGCUCUCUGUAAUUUAGCUGGAAUGAAUGAAACUACUAGAAAUAGAAUAUUGAAAGAAGGUGGAUUAUCAAAAAUAGAACUUUAUUUAUAUGAAGAACAUGUGAUGUUACAAAGGGCUGCAGCACAAUGUAUUUGCAAUUUGGUCCAAUCUGAGGAUGUAGUAAAGACCUAUGAAGGUAAUAAUGACAAAACGAAAUAUUUAUAUUUACUUUGUCAAGAAGAAGACACUGACACAGUGAUGGCAGCAUCAGGUGCACUAUGCGUACUUACAUCUUUCAGUAAAAUAUGCUGUAGAAAAUUGCUUGAUCUUCAAUCAUGGGUUGAAUCUUUGAGAUGUUUAUUGGCGAACCCAAUCAGUGAGAUUCAGUACAGAGGAGUUUAUAUGCUUUAUAAUAUCAUUAAGGAUGAUAAAGACACUGCUGCAAAAGUUUUUGAAACUGAUGUGAUGGAGAUUCUGAUGGCUAUAACUAAGUUAACUGGAGAAGAACACAAAAUAAGUAAAGAAUAUGCUGCAAAGUGCUUGGCCGCCGCUGAAGAACUUGGAGUAAUUAGAAAACCAGAUGGGGAAGUUGCAAAUGAUUCUUUACAACAAGUGGAAGAAAUUGUUGACGAAGAAGAUUAAGAUAAUGUUUUAUAUGUGUUAUUAAAUUUAUACAGAAUCUAGGACAGGAUUAGAUUAUGAUAUAUUAAUGUUUUAAUAUAGUGUGUUUUGAUCUAUUUACUGUUUGUGUUUUUAAUAAAUAUUAUAUGUACUAAUUGGUUCCAUUUGUUCCUUGCUAAAA